GCGGGAUUCCAGAGUAGGGCUCCAUGCCAUGACUUCUCUGAACACGCCCCAGAUAGAUGAGCCAGAUAGCCUAUAUAGAUCCUGCUGGUAGCAACAACAAAAAAAACAGCGAGAAGGAGAUAAUCGCACUACAGCACUUGCUCAUCCUCCGUUUUACCUGUGACACCCUCGCAAUGAUAAAACGGCACAGCAAAGGGGCCACGCAGGGGAGUUUACGGAUAUCAUUAGCCUACAGCUAAGACUAGCCUAGUAUAUAAAAUAAUAGGCCUAUCUGUUGGGGAUAUUCGUUUGUACCGACUUGAAGUAAUUUUGGAUAACUUGGACAGUGACUAUCAGAGAAUAUAUAUUCAUCGCUUUCUCUUACACACUGCAUGAAGCUGAGAGUGGAAGCACCAUGAGUCGAAAAACUAGACGCUGGAUUUUUCGGGUUUUGCUUUGCCUUGGGAUUGUCUAUUUGAAAAUCGGUGGCUUUUCAUCGGUGGUCGCGCUAGGUGCGAGUAUAAUCUGUAACAAGAUUCCCGGUUUGGCUCCCCGACAGCGGAUAAUCUGUCAGAGUCGCCCGGAUGCCAUUAUCGUCAUCGGAGAGGGAGCACAAAUGGGGAUAAACGAGUGUCAGUUUCAGUUCAAAAAUGGGCGCUGGAACUGCUCUGCGCUUGGAGAAAGGACGGUCUUCGGAAAAGAGUUGAAAGUGGGCAGUAAAGAGGCCGCGUUCACCUACGCCAUCAUAGCGGCCGGCGUUGCCCACGCCAUUACUGCAGCCUGUACUCAGGGAAACCUGAGUGACUGCAGCUGUGACACAGAGAAGCAGGGUUUCUACAGUAAAGGCCAGGGCUGGAAGUGGGGCGGCUGUUCAGCAGACAUCAGCUAUGGCCUGGGCUUCUCCAAGGUGUUCGUGGACGCCAGAGAGGUCAAACAGAAUGCCAGGUCUCUCAUGAACCUGCACAACAACGAAGUGGGACGCAAGAUCCUGGAGAAGAACAUGCAUUUGGAAUGCAAGUGUCAUGGUGUUUCGGGCUCGUGCACCACCAAAACCUGCUGGACGACACUUCCCAAGUUCCGCGAGCUCGGCUACAUUCUCAAAGAGAAGUACGCCCAUGCUGUGCACGUGGAACCAGUCAAAGCCAGCCGCAACAAGCGGCCCAAAUUCCUCAAGAUCAAGAAGCUCUACUCCUACCGGAAACCCAUGGACACAGACCUGGUGUACAUGGAGAAGUCCCCUAAUUACUGCGAAGCGGACCCGAUGACGGGCAGUGUUGGGACGCAAGGCCGGCUGUGUAAUAAGACUGUUAUGCAGCAGAUCAGCGGCUGUGACCUGAUGUGCUGCGGACGGGGGUACAACACACACCAGUACUCCCGUGUGUGGCAGUGCAACUGCAAGUUCUUGUGGUGCUGCUACGUCAAGUGCAACACCUGCAGCGAGAGGACAGAGGUGUACACCUGCAAAUGACAAGAUUUAUUGGACCGUCAGAUGUGUGUGUGUAUUUGUGUGUGUGUGCAUAGUGGAUUUCUUUUUUACUAAUGGAUAGAUGCUGUCUUUGCAGAAAUAGACAUUGAGGAACUAUAAGCGGAAGAUGGAACAACAGCGAUUUUGUUUGCACACAAUGCUCCUCCUCCCCUCUCAAUAUACAUGUACUGGGAUGCUUGCAUUCGCUGGUGACAUAAGGAGCUGUGUGCGAUGGUGCAACACAUCACCAUAAAGGGAAACACUGUGUCUUGGAAGCCAGGAUGGGACAGCCUCAGGACAUGAACUAUAAGACACUGAGCUGCCUACCUGCCUGCCUACCUGGAUGGAUGUGUACUAGCUACUUACUGUUGACUGUAGAGCUAAUGGAUUCUCCAACGCUCAACAUGAAUCAAUGCUGGAUAUAAUGCUGGACUGUGCUACUACUGUAGUUCUCUGUACCUGUAGCUCAAUAGGACACGCUAUGCACAAAUGAAAUUAAAGAGCCAUCUGGAAUAUUUAACAUACUGUAUUUAGAGACAAAAUAAUAAUAUUAAUUUAUUUUAUAAAGAAACUACUGAUUUUGUCCGUUAUGGAGCAAGUCUUAAUUGUGUAGAUAAUGGGUGGUUCCCCCAAUUAGAGUUUGUUAUUGGUUUGUUUGUUGCAAUCAAACAUAGAACAUACAUACACUGGAAUGAGUCAGCCUGGAAUUUUCCUCUGUGGAAUAUUAUGUCCCUCAUAUUGUUCCAGGUUAGGCUUGUAAUAGGCUCCUGACAUUGACUUUCUCAUGAGUUUGGGCUAAUCUGAAAUCCUAUUCCCUUUAUAGUGUCUCUGACCAAAAGUAGUGCACUAUAUGGGGACUAUGGUGCCAUUUCAAAUGUGGCUUUAGUCUUCCUUCUGUUUGCUGCUAGCCUGGAGAGUCCCUCACUGUGGUCUAAGGGCAUCAACACUACUGUCUGUGUUAAAUGACAAUGCUCACCUCAAGCUGACUAAAUUUAACAAGACAUAUUCAACCAGACACUCUUUUUGGUAAAUACUGGUAAAGAGAGUAUAUUUUGUUAAAGCCUAUUUUUAUAUGAAUGUCUUAUUUAUACUAUUUCUUCUGGCAUAAUUCAAUUUCAAGCUCUUCCCUCUUUAUCCCUCUGUAAAAUCCUUGUGGAAAAAUGUGUGAUCUUGUUUUCGCCACUGGUGUCACCUCACUGCCAUUGUUGUAUACUGUAUGUGAUUGGAACCCUGAGUUUAUCCCUGUGAGUAUAUGGCUGUGUUCAAACUGCUCUGUUUACUGCAUUUCAUGACUGGUAUGGUUGGAAUACAGGAACAGGAUAUGACUAACAAA